AUGGCCAGCUUCCCGUGGCAACACUUCAUCAAUCAAGUGCUAGCCACUCAGGGGAAUAACAAUGGUAAUAACAACGUGGGUACAAGGGUUGAAGAAGAUUUGGCCAAGCCUUAUAAACCAAGCAACCUUUCAUGCUUUUCACAGCAGAUAGCCGAUUAUGACUUCCAAACGAAAAUCAAGAUGCCGGCCCACAUUAGAACAUAUGAUGGGACGGAAGAUCCUGAAGACCAUCUUCAGAUCUUUACCGGUGCAGCGAGAAUCGAGAAAUGCAAGGGGUUCUUAGCCAAUUUCUCCCAACAAAGGCGAUACGUCAAAUAUGCUACAGUGAUCUUCCAGAUCAAGCAAAGAGAUGACGAAAGCCUUCGAGAAUUCAUAAAGAGAUACAAGAAGGAAGGUCUAACUUACGUGGGGGCAGAUGAGAAAAUGAGGGUGGCUGGUUUUAUGAACGCCAUCACAUCCAAAUACCUCACAAGGGAUUUCAACAAAUCCCUCCCCAAGACCUUGGAAGAAGCUCUUGAAAGGGCUGAGGCCCACAUUCGAGGAGAGGAGGCUGUGGAUAUCAAAGAACAAAGGAAGAGAGGAUCCAGCUGGCGAGGCAACAGCCCAGUCAGAAAAAGAGGGAAUUUCAACUCCUAUGACAGACGCCAAAAAGGUUCAGACCAUCGAAGGCCUCUUCCCAAGAGCAGAAAGAAUGAAAACUCCACACAAUAUUGUGAAUUCCAUGAAGAAAAGGGGCAUCACACCAACGAUUGCUUCCAACUUAAGAAAAGAAUUGAAGAAGCUGUCAAGUCCGGAGAACUUGCUCACCUGGUGAAGGGAGUAAGGGACAAAAUGUCUGAAGGAAAAGGCAAGGAAGUCAAUAUGGUGGAUUUUGACGGAAGGGUUCCAUAG